AUGGCAAAGCUGCCUGGUCUCAGCAAUGUGUACCUCGUCAGCGAGUUGACAACCCUCGGCGGCCUGAUCGAGGGCUUCGACGUGUCGAGUAUGUCCGCGAUCAUUGGUACGGAUCAAUAUAAAAAUUACUUUAAUGGGCCCGAUGCUGUCCUUCAAGGUGGUAUCACUGCCAGUAUGGCGGGUGGCUCCCUUUUUGGAUCGCUCUUCUCCUCUUGGACUAGUGACCGGUUCGGUCGUCGAGAUUCGCUUUUCAUAGCAUGCAUCAUUUGGUUGAUUGGAUCGACUUUGAUGUGCGCUGUGCAAAAUGUCGCGAUGCUGAUUGUCUCACGAAUUCUCAAUGGAUUCGCUGUCGGCAUGUUAACCAGUCAAGGGCCAAUCCUCAUCGCCGAGAUAAGCUUGCCCCAUCAACGCGGCCGCCUCCUUUCCCUGCAGCAAUGGAUGAUUACCUGGGGUAUGGAGGAGGCCAUCGAAGUUCUUGCACGGCUUCACGCCCAGGGAAAUCGACACGCCCCCAUUGUAGUCACUCAAACCCAGGAGAUCAGCGACAAAAUUGGGCAGGAACGGCAAUAUCAAAGCCUGUCAUGGCUCGAGCUUUUCAAUUCUCGCAAUAUUGGUCGUGUCCAUUGCGCUGUCUUCACGCAUAUUUGGGCUCAAAUGACCGGAACCAACGCUAUGAUGUACUAUAUUGUCUACAUUUUCCAGAUGGCUGGCUUGACUGGCAACAGCACACUUAUCUCCGCUUCCAUCCGGUAUGUCAUUAAUGUGGUCAUGACUCUUCCUGCACUGAUAUUCAUCGACCGCCUUCCUCGGCGCGAACUCUUUAUCCUCGGAGCGCUAGGAAUGGGUGUUUUCCAAUUCAUUCAAGCAGGUCUCAUGGCUACCUACGGAAAUCCUGUUCCAGGUGGUCUUGAAGGUUCUCCCACGGUGACAUGGAAGGUCACCAAUCCUCAAGCAUCGAAGGGCCUACCCCCUGAGAUCAUUCCACUGUACAUCCGAAGCAAGGCAGUGUCCCUGGCAACAUCCUUCAACUGGAGUUGCAACUUCGCCCUGACAUUCUUUACGCCUCCUGGAUUCAGGGACAUCCAGUGGAGAAUGUAUUGUGUUUUUGGAACCUUAUGUUUUGUUGCCGCUAUCCAUGUGUUCUUCCUUUUCCAGGAAACCGUUGGCAAGUCGUUGGAGGAGACUGAUGAGAUCUUCGAUAAACAGAGUGUCUGGGCUUUCAAGGCCAGACAAGUGCCCAGUCGGCUCGCGGCUGAUAUCGGGUGGGUCCAGGAGGACAUCAGGAUCGGUAAAGUUGAUGCGCACGUGCGGACAUCCGAGCCUCGAUGUGUCAACCGAAGCCAAUGA